UUUAAUCAUUUUAACAUUGAGAUCGUUUCUUGAUCACCAGGGAGAACAACUACAAUGCAUUCAAUAGCUUAGAAACCACUUUACCUGUUCUUCUCUCUCUCUGAUAUUUCUUCAGAAAAUUUUUGGAUUAAAUGUUUAAAAGCAUGAAGAAUCUGGUUGACACGAGCCCAUUUGUUUCCUCUCGCCCACGCAAUCAAAUCUUUGUCAAGCUCCUCGUUUCGUUCCUUCUGAUCGGCCUCGCUUUCCGUCUUCUCAUCUCCGAUUCCUUCGUCGCCUCUCCAGUUCCCGAUGUCCAGACCGCACCGGAAUCUCCCCCUUCGGAUCUCUCUGCUGGCUCCCAAGCUUCGGUCUCUGUCGAUUCCCCGGAAAAUAUCACAAUUGCUUCACAGAAUGCUUCAGGGAAAUGCGAUAUCUUCAAAGGAAAGUGGGUUCCUGACCCAUCAGGGCCGGUGUACACAAACACCACUUGCCGCCAUAUCCAAGAUCAUCAGAAUUGCUUGAGGAAUGGACGCCCUGAUGUUGAUUUCCUUUUCUGGAGAUGGAAACCCCGAGAUUGCCAUCUUCCGAGGUUCAAUCCCAAACAUUUUCUCGACGCAAUGAGGAACAAAUGGUGGGCAUUCAUCGGCGAUUCCAUUUCACGUAACCACGUCCAGUCCCUUCUCUGCAUUCUCUCUCAGGUAGAAGAUGCAGAGGAAAUAUACCAUGACAAGGAGUACAGGUCAAAGAUAUGGAGAUUCCCUUCUCACAACUUCACCCUUUCGGUCAUUUGGUCUCCUUUUCUUCUCAAAGCCGAGACCUUUGAAAACCCUGACGGGGUUUCCUCCUCGGAUAUCCAGCUCUACCUCGACCAGCUCGACCGUAAAUGGACUGACCAAUACCAAAACUUCGACUAUGUCGUUAUCUCCGGUGGAAAAUGGUUCCUCAAAACCACGAUAAACCACGAGAACAACGCUGUAAUGGGCUGCCAUUACUGUCAGGGAAAGAACAACCUGACCGAACUCGGCUACGAGUACUCCUACCGCAAAGCCCUCGAGCUCGUUUUCAACUUCAUCACACGAUCCGACCACAGCCCACUUGUCCUGUUCCGCACAGCGACGCCAGACCAUUUCGAGAACGGGGAAUGGAACAGCGGUGGGAUGUGUAAUAGAACGAUGCCCUUUGGGGAAGGCGAGAUUGCGUUGAAGGAUGUGGAUUCCGUGAUGCGGGAGAUCGAGAUAGAGGAGUUCCAGAAAGUUCGGGAAGUUUCUAGAAAUAUGCGACUGCUGGAUACGACAGCUAUGUCUUUGGACAGACCGGAUGGUCACCCGGGUCCGUACAGGCAUCUGAAUCCGUUCGCAGGUAUGAAGGAACACGUUCAGAAUGAUUGCCUUCAUUGGUGCUUACCUGGUCCCAUAGAUCAUUGGAACGAUCUUCUGAUGGAAAUUAUGCUUAGUCCGGACCGCUACAGAUGACGGUCGGACCAUUCGGAUUUCUUCAUGUUGGUUUCCAAUGAGUCUGAGAUUGGUCGAUCAAUGAUCACAGAAAUGUUUUUAUUGUACAAUAAAUCAUUUUGUAAGAUAAUUGUAUUCUCGAAGUCCGGUCUAGUGUUUGUGAUACACACUAUUUAAUUAA